AUUAUAACGCAGCUGUUGUGAAGGAAGGACAUUUUGUCAGGGUUUUGAGAAAGCAUAUACUUGGACUUUUUCCCCUUGUUUUCCAAUGUUACAACCACAAUCUUCAGGAUGUUUUCUGUGUUUUUUGUGAUAGACCAACACGUCUUUCUACAGAUAUUUUGGGGAUGUCCUCUUACCGUUUUUGAGGUUGAAACAGCCUCUUUGCAAUCACCCUAAUCUUUAGGUUCCUGCAAAAGUUUUAAGUCGAACAACUUCAAAAUGUUUAGCACUUCCAGUCAGAUGAAAGGUGUUAGCAGGGUGUCUGCACAUUCUUAAAAAGUCUUACUUUUUUCUCUCUCCUGAAAUUAAGAGCCUUAAAAUGUCCUAUAUUCAUGAAUCAAAGUUGACAUUAAAUACGUUAAUCACAGGUCUAUUCUGGCACCAUUGGAAUCCAUUUGACAGUAACAAUGUUAUAAGAGAAGACGUGGCAAAAGUCAUGCAGGUCUUGAAUUUUGUCGUGGCAGGACAAAUUAUUUAACCUCUUAUAUUUACUUUUUAGCUACUUUUUGCUAGCUGCUAAUAUAUCCUCGCUAGCUAGCUCCGACAAGCUGUAACCUGCCGAUACCGCGUGUUGGUCUUAAAGACGGCUUCAUCCGUCUCCACCUGUUUUUGGGGCUUCUUAUUGUGAAAUACAUUUCAGUCCAGAAACCACAAAGUCCUUCAGAGAGCAACACAUGGCACCCCUGGUCUACAGUAUACCAUAAGAUGAACCCCAGCAGAGGAAAGCGCAGCGGGAAGACUUUUCUGUUCACGUCCGAGUCUGUGGGGGAAGGACACUCCGAUAAAAUGUGCGAUCAGAUCAGCGACGCCGUCCUGGAUGCUUACCUGAGUCAGGACCCGGACUCCAAGGUGGCCUGUGAGUGCGUGGCAAAGACUGGCAUGAUUUUACUGGUUGGAGAAGUGACAUCUAAAGCCAUCGUGGAUCUCCAGUCCGUCGUCCGAGACACCAUCAAGAAGAUCGGCUAUGAUGACUCGUCGAAAGGUUUCGACUACAAGACCUGCAACGUGCUGGUGGCCCUGGAGCCGCAGGCCGAGGAGAUAUCGGACUGUGUGUUUGAAGGAAGAGAUCAGGAGGACAUCGGGGCUGGGGACCAGGGCCUGAUGUUUGGCUACGCCACUGACGAGACAGAGGAGUGUAUGCCUCUAACCCUCCUGCUGGCUCACAAACUCAACCACAGGAUGAGGGAGCUUUCGCUUAACGGAGAGUGUCCUUGGAUACUACCAGACUCCAAGUCACAGGUUACGGUGGAGUACCGAGACAGCGAGGGCUCCCUGGAGCCGCUUCGCGUCCACACGGUGGUCAUCUCCGUGCAGCACAGCCCCGACAUCACCCUGCAGGAGAUCAGGCACAACCUGAUGGAGAAGGUGGUGAAAAUUGUCGUUCCUGCCAAGUAUCUGGACGAGAAAACCGUCUACCACCUGCUGCCGAGUGGCAAGUUUCUAAUGGGAGGCCCACAGGGUGACGCAGGACUCACGGGACGUAAAAUCAUCGUGGACACCUACGGAGGGUGGGGCGGCCACGGAGGUGGAGCUUUUUCCGGGAAGGACUACUCCAAAGUGGAUCGGUCAGGCGCCUACGCGGCCCGUUGGGUCGCCAAGUCUCUGGUCAAAGCGGGGCUGUGCAAGAGGGCCCUCGUUCAGAUCUCGUACGCCAUCGCCGUGAGUCACCCGCUCUCCAUCACCGUGUUCCACUACGGCACGUCGGACAGGGACGAAGACGAGCUGCUGCAGAUAGUGAAGAAGAACUUUGACCUCCGACCUGGAGUCAUUGUGAGAGAGCUGGGACUAAAGCGGCCGAUUUACCAGGCCACGGCCUGCUACGGUCACUUUGGAAGAAAAGAGUUUCCAUGGGAACAACCAAAGAAACUUGUGUUUUAACUCAAGAUAUUAACAGAUAUGCCCAAGAUCAUUAGCAAAAUACGCUUUAGUGUUGUUGAUUUAUUUCUUUGUUCACUAAUGAAAUCACAGAUGAAGAUUUAUGUAAACCGUUUGAUAUGCAGUCGUAGACACCCGAUGAAGAUCCGUAUGUUUAGCAUAUUCUUAAAAAGUCUUAAAUUCACGUAUCUAAAAUGAAGGCCUUAAGAUGUCUUGAAUUCAUCUUUAAAAAGUAAGUAGGUCUUAAAUGUGUUAAUCACAGCUCUUAAAUUUUGUAUUCUGUGUAGUUUAAUUUUCUCGUGAGACUUUUCUGUCAAACAUUUGCGUCGCACGCAGACAUCAUCUCAUUCUGUGACUCGAGGCGGUUGAGGCUAACGCUAACUACCUGCUAAUAAAAUAGGAAAUGGUAAUAAACUUAUGACCUCAUUUCACAUCCUGCAAAUGGAUUUAAUGAUUCUCCAUGAGAUUUUUUCUUUUUUUGAACUUUGAAUAUAUUCUAUUGUGAAUAAAUUGUGAGUAAAUUGCA